AUGGAAGACUCAGAGAAGGCCAAGAUGCCCGUCAGCGCUUCCGCUCCCUCUUCCGAUCACACUCACGCGGUUGGCGCCGACGCUGCCCUCUCGGCGCUCCAGAAGGUCGAGCUUCGCGAUGCCUCCCACCCGAUCCACUGGAGCUGGGUGAAGAAGUGGCCGAUCGUAAUCGUCUACUGUCUCCUGCAGACCUUCAUCACGCUGUCCACCACCACGUUCGUUAGCGCCGAGUUUCUGGUCCAGGAGCAGUAUGGGGGCUCGACGCAGGUUGUGGCGCUUGGCCAGAGCAUGUUCAUUGUCGGGACGGCCAUUGGGCCCGCGUUUCUCGGACCUUUGUCUGACAUCGGCGGUCGCAAAUGGGUAUACGUCGGAUCGAUCGCGCUAUAUGCCAUCCUCAACAUCGGCACGGCGCUGGCGCUGAACCUGCCGAUGUUGAUCAUCUUCCAGUUCCUCUGCGGCGCCGCCGGCAGCACGGCGCUUUCCAACGUCGCCGGCACCGUCGCCGAUCUCUUCGGCGAUAUGGACGGGGCGGGCCAGCCGAUGGCAUUGUUUGUCGCGUCGGCCAAUAUCGGCCCCAGCAUCGGCUCGCCUGUGGGAGAGUGGAUUGCUGACAACAGCAAGUUGGGCCUGCCGUGGAUCUUCUGGAUCAACGUCAUCAUUGGCGGCGCCUUCGCUAUUGUCAUGUGCUUCGUUCCCGAGACGCUACCUCGGCUGGUCAUAAAAGAGGCGGUCGAGAAACACCAGUCCUCUGAUCCAGCCGAGGUGGCCAUCAUGGAGGAGCGGAUCGACGUCAUCAAGGAGAUGCGGUUCAUCACAUCCAUGGCCCUCCGCAUUAUGGUUACCGAGCCUAUUAUCAUAUUUUUGGGUAUCUACAACGGAUUUGCCUAUGGUUUGCUGUUCCUGUACUUGGACGGAGUCUUCGACGUGUUCGUCGACAACAACGGCCUAUCAUAUAUCGAUGCCGAUCUGACCUACCUCAACUUCGUCGUCGGCGUGAGCGUCAUGUUCGCCUUCAUCCCCGUGCAGACGUGGCUCUUCAAGCGCGACCGCAAGAAGCACGGGCACGGCCGUCCCGAGGCCCGGUUCCUGACCUCGCUAGUGACGGUCUGGGGAUUCCCCAUCUCGCUGCUUUGGUUCGCCUUCACCUGCGACGGCAACACCUCGUUCUGGUCCCCGGUCGUCGCCGGUGCCGUGCUGGGUUUCUGCGACCCGCUGCUGUACCUCGGCAUGUUGAACUAUAUUGCUGAUACGUAUACCAACGUCGCGGCGUCGGCCAUUGCCGCGUUCUUGAUUCCGUCCUUCCUUAUGGCCGCUGGAUGCUGCCAUAUCGGUAUUGUGAUGUUCAACAACCUGGGAGCAAAAUGGGCCAUGGCGGUAUUGGGCUUCAUUUCGUUUGGCCUGGUAGCAUUGGUUCGCAUAGAGACGUUGGAGAAGAAGAUUGAGGAGUUGAUGCGAGAGCGCGAUUCAACCUCUCCAAACAACAGAUCAACCGAUUCUGAGCCCGCAUCAACAGCAGCAUCGGCAUCCAAGCAGAAAUCCAAUGACUUACUGGAUGUCAGCAUAGGCACUCCGGUGCCAGGACAAGAUGGCGAUGUCAUUGACAGGGGGAUCCUCACGCUCGAGCAUGCAGGAAGUCUGUUGGGCAUAUUCAAGACAUCCAUGACCCAUCACUUCCCCUUCGUGAUCCUGGCUCCUGAAGUCACAGCCGCUGAACUGAGACAUGAGAAGCCCGUUCUCUUUCUCAGCAUCCUCUCGGUUGCCGCUUUCCACGAUGUCCAUCUGCAGAGGAAGCUCGGUACCGUCGUGAAGCAAGGCAUCAGCCAUAGCAUGACAACAGGUAAAAUGGUCUCAUUCGAGAUGCUCCAAGCAGUCCUGGUAUUCGUGGCUUGGUGCCAGUUUCAUCCAAAGCCGCGCCAAUACACACAAUAUCUGCAAUUGGCCAUCAGCAUCGUCGUGGACCUUAGGCUCGAUCGGGCACCGAUGGUGACCCGGAAGGCGAACGUGGGGUCGUCUCAGCUGGAACCCGAUGAGGUGCCAAAGGUACCACGAGAACGGAGCUGUGACGAACAGAGGGCACUUGCCGGGGUCUCGAAGUUGCUGCAGAAGCUCAACACGUUCCCCUACACUGACUAUCUUGACCAAUGCUGCCUCGCACUUUUACACCAGCGGGAGACUCCCACAGACGAGAAUCUAUAUUACAUUAUCCAGCUACAGCGGAUCAUAGAGGGCAUUGAAUAUGGCUCACUGCAGCAGAGUCCUCCAGAGACGGCAGCAGCUUUUGUCCAUGAUGCGCAACUGCAAUUGAAAUCCUUCCAAGCCAGUCUACCUCGAAAUAGUAGCUGCUUGCUUCUGAUGCAAUACCACACCGCAGAACUCUUCCUCUGCCAAGCAGCCUUCUUCGAGAAGACCAUGCCACUCGACGCGACGCUACACUCUGAGCUCCUGGUCACCGGCUUCUCUGCCGCGAAGUCGAUGGUUGAAUUCAUCUUGUCACUGCCAGAGCGCGCCGAGACCGUCUUCAACAACUCGGAGUGGAUCCAGAUGAGCCUCGCCCUGACGGUGGGAGCCAGGCUCUCAAUGGCCUCCAACUACAACCUCCAGCAGUCCCUAGACCUGCCCGACAUGAUCCGUCGCAUGUACCUGCGCUUCGGGACGCUCGUCACGGAACAGCGCGAUGCCGAAGGGAACCGCGACAUCUUCUACUCGUAUGAGCAGCGCUUGCGACGGAUACACCAGUGGUUUGAGUGUGCAAGCGCCGGGACGCAGGAUGGGACCCUCGAGCCGCAGGCUGUGAUAUCCCCGCCCAUCUCGACCCCCUAUCCGCAAGACGCAUCUGGCUUACUCACACCCUCCCCACGGUCAAUGGCGCCCGUACCGGAAAUCAACAUCAUCCACAGUGCUGGACCAGCACAGGACCUCCCAGGCGGCCCUUCAAUGUGGACCAACAUGCCCGUGUUGCAGCCCAGCUCGGCCGAAGAGCAGAUGGCGGACAUGUUUCCGGAACUCGACCACUUCUUCCAGGGCUGGGACUGGUCGCUCCCGAUGAAUCCGUGA